AUGACGAAACGUCGUCCAACAAACAAGAAACCCACCGGGGCAAAUCGAUCGUUAGGAAAUUGUUUAUCAAAGGAAUGUGAAAAGUCACUACAAAGACAUCGCAAGAAGGAAGAAGGAUAUGGUGCAGAGAAUAUUACUGAAAUGAAUAAAAAUGCAGCACAAAUUAUUGAAUCAGUAACCGAUGAAACUGGAUUGGAGGAAUUUCUAGCUAAAGUGGAAUUAGCGGGGACAAAUUUUGCUGCAGAAAGAGAUUUUCGUUUGCUGAAUUUGGAAGGUUCAAAAACCAUUGUAAAUACUGUAAAUUCGGCGCAGACUUUGGAGGAUUUAUACAGCAAAUAUGGCGAUCGACUACGUAUUCCUCGCCGACCUUCAAAGCACAUGUGGGAAACGCCAGAAGAUCUCAUACGUUUAGAAAAUAACUCUUUCUUGGAGUGGCGUAAAAACCUUGCCGAUUUACAAGAAAGUGAUGGCGUUCUCUUAACUCCGUAUGAGAGGAAUUUGGAAGUAUGGAGACAACUGUGGAGAGUCAUUGAGCGAAGUGAUAUUAUUGUACAGAUUUUGGAUGCGCGAAAUCCGUUACUAUUUCGAAAUAUCGAUCUGGAAGCUUAUGUUAAGGAAUGUAAUAUUUCAAAGCAGAAUUUAUACCUAAUUAACAAAGUUGAUUUACUCUCGGAAGAGCAAAUUGAAUCAUGGAGGAAUUGGUUUGCCAAAAAUAACAUGGAUGCUGUUUUUUGGUCUGCUCUGGAUUCUGAAACUGUUGCUAGUGUAAAUAUCAAAGGAGAGUUUGAAGAUUGUGACUCAAACGAGUCGUCAAGCAAUUUAGAAUUUGCAAUAGAAAAAACACACGAUGAAGCUCAAAUAGAAUCAUCUGAAAAAGCGGAUAUUUACUGCAAGAACGAAAAAAACAUUAGCAAUUGCAAAAGAAAAAUAUCAGGAAACAGUGACUCACUAGAAAAAAUUCCAGUUUUGCAUACUAGUACGGAACUGUUGACAUUUUUAAAAUCACGAGGUCAUAUUCGGGAAGAUGUCAUCUAUGGGCGACCUCUUGUCAUUGGAAUGGUUGGUUAUCCCAAUGUAGGUAAAAGUUCUACGAUUAAUAAAAUACUGAAUCAGAAGAAAGUAUCAGUUUCAGCUACCCCAGGGAAAACACGACACUUACAAACAUUAUUGGUUGACGACACAUUAGUUCUGUGUGAUUGUCCGGGACUUGUCAUGCCGUCAUUUGCAUUGAGUCGAAGUGAGAUGAUUUUAAAUGGAAUCCUUUCAAUCGAUCACAUGCGUGAAUACAUAUCUCCGGUGACACUGUUGUUAUCACGGAUACCACGCAGAUAUUUGGAGCACACUUACUCGGUAAUGCUGACGAGUAGUGAUAGCACUGAUGACGGUAGCGAAGCACCGCUUAGUGCACAUGAUCUACUCACAGCAAUCGCUUUUAUCAGAGGUUAUAUGUCAUCCUCGGGUGUAGCAGAUUGUUCACGAGCAGCUCGUUUAGUAUUAAAAGAUGUUGUGAAUGGCAAAGUCAAAUGGGUUGCUGCGCCACCAAAUAUCGAUCAGAAGGAGUUUGAUAAACUAACGUACGAUAUUCAUGCAAAUGGAGAUUCAAUGAAGUCUAGGCCAAAUAAGGGAAUCAUGCAGCAGCUUGAAAAACGCCAUUUAUUACAAGAUAUGAAAGCUUCUGACAAAUCCCUUGACGAGCAGUUCUUCCAUGGUCAUUCAAAGGGGCAGGCCCAUAUACGUUCUUUGCGUUCCCGUCCAAAAUUAGGAUUGCUACUAACGGAUGAAAAUGUGCUGUUGAAGAAGCAUUUCAACAAAGGUCGUAAAGCGAUAAUUGUGAAGGCGUAUGAUGAAGGAUCAAGUGAUCGAGCUUACAGUCAUGCCGUGAUAGCUGGCAUUGAUAAAUAUCCUUUGGCGGUUACGAAGCGAAUGGGUAAGAAAAAAAUCAAAAAAAGGAGUAAGCUGCGUCCAUUUGUUGGUAUUGCUAGCUAUUCUAAUUUACUUCCAACUAGAUAUUCAGUCGAUGUGGUAUUAGAUAAAAGUUUGGUUAAUAAAGAAGUCCUUAAAGAGCCAGGAAAAAAGAGACGAGCACGCAUGGAAGUGAAGUCGAAAUUUGAAGAACGAUAUAAAACGGGCAAAAACAGAUGGUUUUUUACGAAGUUGCGUUUUUGA